AUGAUCAUAGAUCUCGAACGACUUAUUUUUCGUCUUACAAUUGAUGGUUAUCUCAAACAAGAAUUUAUUGAUCAACAACUAUCGUCGAUCAUAGCUUAUCUACGUCCGGGUAUUAAUGCUGUUCAAUUAACUUCUUCAAAUUCACAACGAUCUGGAAAUACGACAAAAAUUCAAAUUGAAUUAACAAUUCGAAUUGAACAAAUGAAUAAUAAUAAUAANACCCACGGUACAUCAUCCUGCUCAGCAUUAUCAUAUCUGGCAACUCAUUAA